AUGCAAGCACACGAGUGGACGGCCUCUGUGGCGCCGCAUGCCGAGCACAGAACUCCAGUUAAAGACAUCGGCACGCACUCGUUUCGAAAGGGUGUCGCCAGUGAGCUAUCUAACACACCUGGGGGACCAGAAGCCGUGCAUGUGUGGCUCCGAGCCGGUCGGACGCUUGGAAGUGUCCAAGUUCGAUACAUCUUUGCCAGUUCAGGUGGCGGCCAGUUCGUUGGACGUGCAGCAGCAGGGCACAAUAUGAAGGACAAUGAGUUUUUGUGCCUGCCUCCGCACUUCAAAGAUGUUGGGCUGAGCAACGAGCGGUGGAAAGCUGCCCUGCCCGGCCCCUCGGCAACCACGACUCAAAUACACCACUUGAUGGGGGCGUCCACGUCCCCAGAACCCCCAGCCAGUGUCAACGGCGUCGCUACAGAACCUCGGUGA